AUGAAAACCCGCUCGAGCGUUGAGGAAUAUUUUAGAAACGCGGUCCGCUUGUGCCCGAUGGAAGUUUCUACACGGGUUUAUUUUGCCACGACACCAAAGUUCAGCUUCCUUCCUGCGAAUGGCGAACUGAGGGCGCGUAAAUUCUAUGACAAGUCAACGCAGCAGUUCAUUUUCUUCCUCUUGAAAACACCGACAAAGUGGCCGCCUGGUGAUAUUUUAUGCUGGACUUAUUCAAUAAGAGGUCUGUUGAGCAUGAGGACUUUGGAGGAGGUUCAGGCGACGCUUGAGAUCGCCAAGCUGAAAGAGGAAGACCUGCAGAAAACCAUCCAGUGUUUGUCUCUGGGGGAGAACGUCUCAUCUGCGGAUUACUGUCUGAUGGAGCUGGACGACACGCUGUGCAAACACCUAGAAGCGGGUAACAGCCUGGUGAUCAGAGGGGAUAAAGACGAGCACGCCGUGCUGUGCAGCGGCGACAAAACGUACGAUUUGAAGAUCGCAGACACGUCCAACCUGCUGCUCUUUCUGCCGGGAUGCAAAACACCCGAACAGCUCAGCAGCAGCCAGGAGAGCACACAUCUCGCUCACGCUCAGAUCUGGGGCUUUUGCAACAGUUACUGGGAAGUGAGGAGACAGCGUCCUAAAAUGAAGAAGCUGCUGAGAGUUUUAAGGGAGAACCCAUAUGAAGGACCUGCCUUAGGAGGGCAGCAGGAGAGCACAGAAAAGACGUACACCAUGGAUGAUCUGCUGGAGACUAUUCAAGCUAGUGAAGAGGAGCUCAAGAACCACUUGAGGGCCAUCCAUGCCUGUCAGAUAAAUGGCCGCUGGCGUGUGCUCGACUCUGACUAUGAGAUGAAGUUGCUCGGCCAUGUGACUCAGCUGGUGGACUCCGAGUCGUGGUCUUGCAGCAAGGUUCCACUUCAAACCAGUCUGGAGGAGCUAGGCCCGCUCGAGCCCAGAGAGAUGAUUGAGCACUGUUUAAACUGCUACGGGACACGCUACAUUGAAAAUAACGACGUGUUUUACGCGCUGGAGGAGGCUAAAGUUUGUCGGGCCACCGCGCUUAUGUUGCUGAAGAACGCCAUCAAGUUCAACCUGAGGGAGUUUCAGGAGGUUUGGCAGCAGAGUGUACCAGACGGCAUGAGCACCAGCCUGGACCAGCUCAAGAGCUUUGCUCUGGUAGACCGCACCUCCCGCCCAGAGACAAUCUGCCUUCUGCGGGUAGAAGAUCUUCCAGAGGACACAAUGGAGCGCUUCAACCAUCUCUUCACUCUGCGAGAGAAAUGGACAGAAGAGGAUAUUACGCCAUACAUAGCGGACCUGUGCAGUGAGAAACAGACCACAGGAGCACUAUUGACCAAAUACGCUCGAUCUUCAAUGCAGAAUGGCAUCAAGGUGUUCAACUCAAGACGGCCUAUUGUGACUUAAACAUCUCGUACCUCCCAUCACUUCUUUUGCAAACAAACCUUACGACAUGUUUGUCAUGUUUGAUACUGAAACUUGGCAUUUAUCCUGCAAACUACUUCAGUUGGAAUUGUAUAAAUUGUUCACAAUAACACAUUUGUGUUAUUAUGAAGUGGCUGCUAUGCGUAAAGUUGUCCACAAGGUGGAGCCAUGCAAAGCAAAAUCAUCUAAGUGUCGAUGGGGUACACUAAGGGUCACUAACUUACUUAGAUCACUUAAUCACUUAGAAGUGAUUAUUUUCAAAUGUAAACAGAGAUCCAUCCAUCCAUUUUCUGAACCGCUUAUCCUCACUAGGGUCGCAGGUUUCUAAUAUAAUAAAGUGAGACAUAUUGAUAUUUA